ACGCGUUAAGGUUUCCUCUAAAUGAGUAAUAAAGCCUCGCAUCCUUUCUCCAUUUUCACAUGUGAAUAAUCAAAAUUCAAAAUAAAUAAGUAAAUAAAUGAACAAACCCAAUCAGCGGUGAGGAGAGGAGGAGGAAGGACUGGUCAGCUCACACUCAACCUUCCGAAAUAGCUACCUGCAGAAAUGGAAAACACAGAAAAGACCCAAUCUUUUCUUCUUCUUCUCUUUAAAAAGCUUCCAUUUUUAUCCAUACUCUGCUCUCUUCACCUCAUUCUCCUCUCACCCUCUCUUUCAGCAGCUUCCACUCCCAAGCUCCACCCACCGGAAGUGACAGCGCUGGAGGAGAUCGCUAAGAAAUUGGGGAAGACGGACUGGGAUUUCGGGAAGGAUCCCUGCAAUGGGAGUGAGACCUGGAGUCCGGCGAUUCUGAGAAAGAGCUUUGAAACCACCGUCACCUGCGACUGCUCUGCCGGUAACGGCACCGUCUGCCACGUCACUGCCAUAUCUCUGAAGUCUCAAAACUAUACAGGAAGUCUUCCUCCUGAAUUUGCAAAGUUCCAACACCUCAAAAGCUUGGAUCUCAGUCGUAAUUAUCUGAAUGGAACGGUUCCGCAACAGUGGGCAUCAAUGCAAUUGCUUGACCUUUCUCUUAUGGGGAACCGUUUAUCGGGCCCAUUUCCAAAAGUUCUCACCAAAAUCACUACUCUCAGGAACCUGAGCAUAGAAGGAAAUAACUUCUCCGGAUCCAUUCCUUCUGAAAUUGGGAACUUGGUUCAUCUUGAGAAGCUAGUACUGUCAUCAAAUGCUUUUACAGGAAAUUUACCUUCUACUCUUGGCAUGCUGAAGAACUUAACUGAUGUGAGGAUAAGUGACAAUAACUUUAAUGGGCAGAUACCCGAUUUCAUCAGUAGCUGGACAAAAAUUGAGAAACUGCACAUUCAAGGUUGUUCACUUCGGGGCCCUAUACCUUCAGCGAUUUCCAACUUAACAGCUUUAAGUGAUCUGAGGAUCAGUGAUUUGAAAGGGGGACGGUCCAGUUUCCCUCAACUAAAACCAUUGGUAUCCUUGAAGAUACUGAUAUUGAGGAGCUGUUUAAUAGAUGGACCAAUCCCAGAAUAUCUUGGGAAUGUGAGGAAAUUAAAAAAUUUGGACCUAAGUUUUAAUAAUUUGAGCGGUGAGAUUCCAACUUCUUUUGUUCAUCUAGCAAAAACGGAUUUCAUCUAUUUGACAGGAAACAAGCUUACUGGAGAUGUACCAGAGUGGAUUUUAACCUCAAACAAGAAUGUGUAAGUUUACUUCUCAUUGAGUAAACCACAUUCAAGUUUAGUAAGGAGUCAUCAUCAUCAUCAUCACUACCCCAGUGCCGCAAAAGCUGCCACCUUGGUGGGGUAAGGGGGUCGGAUGUACACAGCCUUAUCCCUGUAAUAAAGCACAAAUAACUGUUUCCGGAUGACCCAAGGUGAAAAUCGCGUCGAAAAAUGCAUGGAUUGACUGGCGCUUCAUAACAAAGAAGCGCAAACAGUUUUAGAUAUUUCUUACAACAAGUUUUCAAUGCAAAGCUCAGUACCAACGGAAUGUCCUAGUGGAAAUGUUAACUUUCUUGAAAGCUUUUCCUCAUACGGAAACUUUACCAGAGUUCAUCCAUGCCUCAAGCAAAACUUUCCUUGCUCUGGCCCAUCCUCGCGGAUGAAUUAUGCCUUGUACAUUAAUUGUGGAGGAAAAGAAACAGUUAUAGGCAAUGGAACAAUGUAUGAUGCUGACUUAGAAGCCCGAGGUGCUUCAAUGUUCUCUUCAAGACCAAAUUGGGCAUUUAGCAGCACAGGAAACUUCAUGGACAAUGAUAAGGAUGCUGAUUCCUAUAUUUAUACCAAUACCUCUCCUUUACAUAAUGUGUCCAGUGUUGAUUCUGAGCUUUAUAAGACUGCACGUGUGUCACCCCUCUCUCUCACUUACUAUGGAUUGUGUAUGAUAAAUGGAAACUACACAGUUAAACUUCAUUUUGCGGAGAUUAUAUUUACAAAUGAUAGUUCUUUCAACAGCCUCGGCAAGCGUAUAUUUGAUGUCUACUUGCAGGAAAAGCUGGUGUUGAAGGAUUUUAACAUUGAGAAUGAGGCAGGAGGACCGGGUAAACCCAUAGUAAAGAGUUUCACUGUAGCCAUAACAAAUGAAACGCUGAAGGUCCAUUUUUACUGGGCUGGGAAAGGAACAACGGGAAUACCUGAAAGAGGAUUUUAUGGCCCUUCAGUUGCUGCAAUAUCAGUUGACCCCAAUUUCACGCCCCCAAAAAUCGAUGAUGAUAAAAACAUUCCUGUUGGUGAAUUAGUUGGAAUUAUAGUUGGAGCUGUGAGCUUUACAUUUCUGGUCUUAGGCUUCGCCUAUACAGUGCUCUCUAAGCAAAGAAAAGUAUCUGAAGAGAGAGAUCUUAAAGGCUUGGAUCUACAAGCAGGAAUUUUUACCUUACGACAGAUCAAAGCUGCAACAAAGAACUUUGAUGCCGAAAACAAGAUAGGGGAGGGUGGUUUUGGUUCAGUUUACAAGGGACAAUUAUCAGAUGGAACGACAGUUGCUGUGAAGAAAUUAUCGUCAAAGUCAAAACAAGGAACUAGUGAAUUUCUGAAUGAAAUAGGCAUGAUAUCAGCACUGCAACAUCCAAAUCUUGUUAAGCUAUAUGGGUGCUGUGUUGAAGGCAACCAACUAAUGCUAAUCUAUGAGUACAUGGAAAACAAUUGUGUGUCCCGAGCUCUAUUUGGGAAGGAUAUAACAUACAAGAUUAAAUUAGACUGGCCUACAAGGAAAAAAGUUUGUUUGGGAAUUGCUAGAGGUUUGGCAUACCUUCAUGAAGGAUCAAGCUUGAAGAUAGUUCAUCGAGAUAUCAAGACCAGCAACAUUUUGCUUGACAAGGACCUGAAUGUUAAAAUAUCCGACUUUGGCCUCGCGAAACUUCAUGAGGACGAAAACACUCACAUUAGCACCCGGAUUGCAGGGACCAUAGGUUAUAUGGCUCCUGAGUACGCAAUGCGUGGCUGUCUAACUAGCAAAGCAGAUGUCUACAGCUUUGGGGUUGUCGCUCUUGAAAUCAUCAGUGGAAAAAGCAAUACCAACUACAGGCCAAAGGAAGAAUAUGUUUAUCUUCUAGACUGGGCCUAUGUUUUGCAAGAGAGGGGAAAUGUACUUGAGCUAGUCGAUCCAGAGUUGGGGUCUGAGUACUCAGCCGAAGAGGCUAUGGUAAUGCUAAACAUUGCGCUCUUGUGUACUAAUGCAUCCCCAACUCUCAGACCAACAAUGACUCAAGUGGUGAGCAUGCUGCAAGGACACACCCUUGUUCAAGACAUAAUCUCAGACCCAGGUUUCUCCUCCAUUGAACUGCAACUUAGGUCAAUGAGGAGGCACUUUUGGGAGAGCCCAAGCGUCGCCACAAAUGGCACGACCAUCGGUUCCAAUCUGUCAUAUGUGGAAAAGGAAGACACAGAAACAGUUGCACUUGUAACAAAGAUGUCAGAUUUAUGAAACAUAACUACACUAAUCAAUACGUAGUAUUUGUUAAUGACUAUGUAUGUAUGUAGGCAUAGCUCUUUUGACUAUAUAUAGUCAUCCUGAACUGAGUAGGAACUCCUUGGUAAAACUCAAGUAUUGAUCAAAAGCUUCAUUUGACGUAGCGUUUGUCAACUUCAUAAUUAGGAUCAAAAGUGAAAUUAUUAGUAGUAUGAUGAAGUGGUACUCCCUGCUUUUCUAUUAUUACCUGUCCCAAAAUUAAGUUCCACUUUUCCUUUUCGGAUGUCUCAAAAUAAA